AUGCCUGAAAAGAAUGAGAUUUCUUGGAAUGCCAUGAUUACUGGCUAUUCUCAACAUGGGCGCGGUGUUGAAUCAAUACAUCUAUUUGAGGAGAUGAAACAACUUGGUAUAGCGCCAAGCCACGUCACAUUUGUGGGAGUACUUUCAGCCUGUAGCCAUGUAGGCUUGGUAGAUGAAGGGCUUGGUUACUUCGAAUCCAUGAGCAAAGAGCACGGGGCGAGCUGGUUCUUUGAGCUCUGCAAGAAAUUUAUAAAGGAGAUGCCAAUGAAACCAGAUGCAAUGAUUUGGAGGACGCUCUUAAGUGCCUGUAUAACUCAUAAGAACACAGAAAUUGGAGAGUUUGCUGCCCAUCAUCUUCUAGAACUGGAACCUGAAGACUCAGCAACUUAUGUUCUCCUAUCAAAUAUGUAUGCAGUAGCAGGAAUGUGGGGUUGUAGGGAUCAGACGAGGAAAUUAAUGAAGGAAAGGGGUGUGAAGAAAGAGCCUGGUCGUAGCUGGAUUGAGGUAAAAAACUCAGUUCAUGCAUUCUUUGUUGGUGACAAACUGCACCCGCUUGCAGAUAAGAUUUAUGAAUUCUUAGGGGAUUUGAAUGAGCGGGCAGCUGAAAUUGGUUAUGUUGAAGACCGCUACAACCUUUGGAAUGAAAUAGAUCAGCAGCAGAAAGAUCCAACAGAGUAUAUUCACAGUGAGAAAUUGGCAAUCUCUUUUGGCCUACUCAGCUUAUCUAAUACGAUCCCUAUACGCGUAAUUAAGAAUCUUCGUGUUUGUAAUGAUUGCCAUAAUUGGAUCAAGUACAUGUCAAAGAUUUCGGAUCGAACUAUCAUAGUACGGGAUGCUUAUCGUUUUCAUCAUUUCAAAGAUGGUGUGUGUUCUUGUAGAGAUUACUGGUAA